GUAUGUGAAUCGUGUGUUAGCCUCGAGUGGUGGUGUGUUUAGGCAGAGAUUAUCAGUUCAUCAAGCUGUACUGGUCAACUGCGGAGCAGACAACACUUCAAUGAAAACGCAGACCACACUCUCAUUUUCACUGGAUCUUUUUCAAAUGAAGCAUUAUUUUGAAGGAAAAAGUGACAUUAUCACUCAAGGUGAAUUAAGCCUUCUCGCAACUUUGUGUACGCUCCGACGUUGGUACUAAACGCAUAAACCGAGGGACGAACUUUGUGCAAAGGUUAAUCCACUGAUCGUUGAAAUAACCAGAUUGGACUUGUAUGAAAGGAGUCGUACAAAAGGUACAACGAUUACCAGGUAAUCCAAUGUGAUAGACUGGUAUUGCUGACUCGGGCGUGAGCGCAGCCUAUACCUCCAGCGACGACUGUUUCCGCAGGCGUUGUUUAUAAGAACUAUGCUUAAUUAAGCCUAGGCAUUGCUGUGCAUUUGCUACCAAUAUGAAGUUUUCUUCCGACGAAAGUCACUCCCCAUUUUCCAGCAAAUCGGAAUCCGCUAUGGAUGGAAAAAGACCUAAGAUCCUUGUAAAUAACUUUAUGACCGACAAUUCUCCAGGCAGGCAAAGAACAAAGUCAGUCUUGUUCAGUGCGGAUGAACAAAAUGACAACUUGCUAGACAAGAAUAUUGAUAACAGAUCGGCCUCUCAAUGUCCAGUAGACAACAACAGACGCCGUUCUAAAGGAACCGUUUCUAAUGGUUCCCGAUCAACGUAUAGAAAAGGUUCCGAUUCCGUGUCCUCGGAGAAAAGAGACAACUUCACGUCCUCAACUCCGAAGUCCUUGUCUUCAAGUCGAAAUAGCGUGUCCUCCUUGCGACGAAUUUCUGUGAAAUCAGAAGACACGAAGAGCUCUUCACGUGCUUCGGUACAAAGGUCAGAAAGCAUGUCGUCUGAUUCAACAGAGGAGAGCAAUUCUCUCAAUCUUUCGACAAAUUCUAACAGUAUUGCGUCUGCCUGGGAGGUAUUCGGGGAUCACGUGAAAAACGUGCACGAAACCUCGGACUAUGUGUGCCGGAAGUCGCGAGUUUCCUUUCAAGCAAGUGACACUUUUCAGAAGACAAUGAAGGACCUUUUUGGUAUGCCAGUAUACGGGAUGGAACCAGAGGUUCCUAAAUUCAAAUCGAAGGUAGGUAACUUGGGAAGCGUCGCAUCUAGACUCAUAGCUACUACUCGGAGAAGGCGAAAGGCCACAAGCGAGGAAGAGAAGCGGCUCGCUUUGGAAGCUGCCAAACCCAGCAAGACUGUUGUAGAAAACGCCAGGAGAGGUUGGAGAAUAAUCAGACGACACGUCAAUGAAACUAUUGCGGAGAAGAAGGGGAGUAGUGCUGCAUUCAACUGGUCAAUGUUGACACAGACUGUACGAGGGCUUACUGACAUGCAGCGAGCGCGCAUUGAUCUGUACAAAAGAUACGGUAUCAUCCCAACCGUGCAACCAGAUGGGACCACCGCUCAUGUGAACACAAUGCUCAGUGAAAGAGCUCGUGCUGCGUCUGCUAAUAGUUCUACCCCCAGUACGACUCCCCCCAUCCGUCCCAAGGCCAAGCAUUUAGUUUCGAGGCAGGCGACACAUUCAAGAAGGAUUGAAAACCACUUGCGGAGACCCAGGGUUUCUUGAGGGUACCCUACGGUAAAUAUUAAGAAUACUGGUGUGAGAUUUGGCUAAAGGACAAAUGGGGGUAUUAAAUGAUCGAAAAAUUGUUCAAUCAUGAGAUCGGAUUGAAGUGUAUUCAAUGCAGCAUCAUUCAUUACUCCCUUUGUUCAUCGCGUUACAACAUGAAUAUGUUUUAUUGAACUGUGUCGGAAUCCGUGCCGGAACCUUGACGUUGGGGAUAACUGGAAGAUUAAUUCUCAAUCCAUAGAACUGUGGAUGUGUGUGCAUGAACCUAACGAUGAAUUAGUUGAUUGUGCCAUUCUCAAGAGAUCAGGUUUAUGCUUGCUGGACACAAGUAUUGUCUGAAACACCCGUGAAUUACACCUGUUUCACACGAUAACCGUUGAUAACAAAGUCCAAGAAAUAGCGCUUACGAGGCGGAUUUUCAAAGAAGGAGGGAGGGUACCCAAGUCUUGAAGUGAACAAAAACAUUUGCCAGGUUGACACCUGAAUCCGUCAGUGGAUUUGUCUGGUCCUGUAGCCCUCGCAUCAAACUAACUUUCGUAUUUUGAUUCGCUUGUUCCCCUUAAACAAGAAAUGCUGUGAAGGGCUAUGGAUCUGGUGUGUUGGUCGACACGCAUCAGGUGUUCCUUCUCGGAGUGAAGCUACUAUAGGACACUUCCCCAGCUAUCGUACAUCUCCUCCACAGUCCAGUGUGGAGGUCAGUGACGUGAUGGGGCAAGGUACGUCGUCGACUCCGGUCAUAACGAGCUCCACGGAUCUUCAAAAUAAGUUCGUUUUCCUUCAAAUAUGUCGUGUAUUUCUACUCCCUGGGGAUAAUUAUUUGGUCGUUUCAAACGACGUUUCGUUAUAUCCGACUUCAUUACAUCAGGAGAUGGCGGUGUCGAGAUUUAAUUGUUCUGGAACUAACGGUACUUCUCCGGGACACACGCGCAGGGAGUGUGUCAUUUGAAUACAAGCAGAUGCCAUGCGAUCAAACACAACCGUGGUCUCAAAUGCAUACUGUAUUACAACUAUACCUCUAACAUAACCUUCUAUUUCGAUAACUAACACAUUCGGAUAGCUGGACAAGAGAUGCCUCUGUCGAUCAUCAAGUACUAUAAUGUGUUUUGCAACCGGAAGGACAUUGCUGUUACAUGUGCUGAUAUUGUGACUUAUCAUCUACUAAAUGCUCAACUAAUACACAAACGUGAGUCUACAUCACCUUUUAUAACAAUAAAUAAUAUGUCUUAAAUGUU